AUGACUCAAAUUUCUCCUCUCGUCUUGGUCACCGGCAUUAACGGUUUCUUGGGCUCCCACACAGUUGAAGCAUUACUAGCCCAUGGAUAUCGAGUUCGCGGAACCCAUCAGUCUCCUCAAGACCCUAACAUUCUGCUCCAUAAUCGCCCUUCUUGGAAAGACAAGGUGGAAAUGGUUCAUAUUCCCGACCAUCGGAUUCCGAAUGCGUAUGAUGAAGCUAUUCGUGGAGUCGAUUAUGUGAUUCAUGUUGCCGCCGAGGUCCACUCAAAUGGAGAAACCCCUGGUAUUGAUCCUCAUCAUACUCUCACCGUUAGUAUUAAGGGCACGGAAAAUGCUUUGAGUGCUGCUUUUAAAGAACCAAAGGUCAAACGCUUCGUUUAUGUAUCUUCUGAUGCUGCCUUAAAGGGUCCAAAGAACUAUAACGGAGAUGGCUAUGUUUUUACCGAAAAGGAUUGGAACCCUUUGACUUUGCAAGACGCAAAGACUUCUAAUGACGAAGGUUUAAAUUAUACCACAGUUCACAAUUUUUUUGCUACUCAUAAACCCCACUUUGAGGUCAUUGCCUUAAAUCCUCCUCUCAUCUUAGGACCUGUCUUUCAUCUGAAAUCUGUGAAUCAAUUAAGCUUUUCAGCAUGGUUUUUUUGGCAGUUAAUCAAUGGUCGCUACGAUAUUGCUCCCAAGACUGAAAUUUUUAAUUACGUUGAUGUACGAGACUUGGCGGAAUCGGAAGUGCUCGCGCUCACGGCUCUUACCAAGGAACCCAGGGUCAUCAUUUGUGCUGGCGACCUUACGAAUGACAAAAUCGUAAAUGCUGUUUUACCUCAUUUUCCUCAAUUUCAAGACAAGAUUGCUAAACCUAAUGGUCAGCUCUCAACAUGCAAUUACCAAAUUGAUGCUUCGUUGUCCAAGUCCGUUCUUGGCAUCAAGUAUCGUCCUCAUGAAGAAACAUUUUGUGAUGCCGCUGCAUCUUUAUACCGCCUUGCUGGUUUACUUUCGUGA